GUUUACAUUUUUCACAAGUAAUUUUAAUCCAAUUAAUUUUAAAUUUUCCUCCAAAAUGCGUCGUCGAGCUGGAGUAGGUGCCAUUCAGAAGCAAAAACUCGAAGCCGAGAAGUACAAAGACAAAGGAAAUCUCAUCCAGGAGUCCCAAUUCGAACAAAUGACGAAGCAAAUGGAGGUUUUCCGUGAAAAUUUGGAAGAAUUCGCCACAAAACACAAACACGAAAUCAAGAAAAAUGCCCAGUUCCGUCGACAAUUUCAGGAAAUGUGUGCGGCAAUCGGAGUUGAUCCUCUAUCUUCGAAUAAAGGCUUCUGGAGUGUCCUUGGAAUGGGCGACUUUUACUACGAACUUUGCGUGCAAGUUGUGGAAGUUUGUCUCGCCGCGAAUCAUUCAACGGGAGGCUUAAUGGAGCUCACUGAACUGCGAAAUCGUCUCGUAGCAGCUCGCGGACAAAAGGCACAUCAUCAAGAAAUCACAAACGAAGACAUUUUAAUGGCAGCGAAAAAGCUAAAAAUCUUCGGAAACGGAUUUACAGUACUUUCCGUGGGCAAAGGACGUUAUAUGGUGCAAUCAGUUCCGGGCGAACUAAGUUUGCAGGAAACGGCGAUUCUAUCUGUGGCAACCGACAAAUCCGAUGGCUGUGUUUCAAAGGAGAUUUUAAUGAAAGAAUUGAAUUGGGAUGAGUUCCGAUGUCAACAAGCUCUUGAUAAAAUUGUCGGCGAUGGAUUAGCUUGGAUCGAUACCCAAGGCGAUACUGUCACUUAUUGGUUCCCAAGUCUCUUCAGUGGACGACGACGCGGAUGAAUUUGUACAUAAAAUAAGUUUUAUUUAUCGUAUCACGAAAAAAAAUAUUAAAAAAUUUUGUUACUAUUUAGCUUUCUUCGUCUUUAUUGCUGGACCUGUCAGUGCUGGAGGUCGUUGAACUCAUCAAAGGUUUCGAUGUUCGCGUGCCCAUCAAGGAUUUCUUCAGCU